UCCGUUUUGCGUUGCUAGGCAGCUCGCCGCCGGGGCCGUUACACUUUUACUUUCUCCGUGUAGAUGGAUUGACCUUGCGAACGAUCGAGCGUCCGAUUCACGUGUACUCGGUGGCAGCUAUCGAUAGAACUUUCGCGGUUGUGUUUUGGCAAAGAACGGCAGCCCAUAGAGGGGAGCAUUAGCAUUGCUGGGCUCGAAUAGCUGACGUUUCGAAGAGGUAUGCGUCAUCGAUACGAUAUCUGCCACACCUGCAUUAUAUCAGGAAGCUGAUAGGUCGAGAUCGUUGAAGAGCUUUGUUGCACUCCGUUUGCUGUAGCCUGAUAUAAAAUACUAUUGGAUGAAAGUCAUAGGACGUAGUCUAAGACAAAACAAUGACUUAUAGCAGCAGAAAAUUUCCUGUACUCUAUGAGAGGUUCAUUGGAGAUCCUGCUUCGGUCUUCAAGUUACCCAAGAAUCAGAGAGACACGAUAUGAGGCAUCGCUCGAGACGUCCGUCCAUGCGUCAGUUGCGACAUGUUGCAGGCAGUUCGGUUGUUAACCGAGCUCACCCGUCCAACGGAAUACGGUCGUAGAAACGAGGGUACAAUGGACACCAGAACAUCUGCCAGUGAGGGACCCGUUUUGUUUCGCGAGAUACAUAAGAAUGGCUGGCUCCGCCGUACAGAUAAAUCGGAAAAAGAAGUCAAUCGAUUCUGGGUAACAUUCUGCAUACACGAUGACACGGAACCACGUUUGGAAGGUUUUGGGGACCAAAAGCAAGCAACCGUUCACUCGCCUUUAUGGGCACAUUCUUUGCGUAACGUCCUGCACGUUUCUCCGACGUUGUGUGCCACCCAGAGGAAUGAUUUUGAGUUUUGUGUGAAUUUCAAUGACGAUCAAGUUUUAAGGCUGGCAGCUCCGACUUAUCAAGCAAUGUGUGAUUGGGUACAGGCAGUCACUCGUAAAUUAACCGAUAUGAAAAUUCUGCAGCCAAAGGAGAAUAUCUACUCUAAGGGGCCCGAGAGGGUUGCCACAAGGGAUCCGACGAGCCCACUGCCACCGCCACCAACACCUAUCGGUUCAGUUAGUAUCCAGAGAUCGUUGUCCCAAGGUUCGUCGACUAGUCUCCCCGGUACCUCGAAUAGUGGGAGAGACGCUAGACUGGAUACUACACCGAUGAUUUUUACUUUCGAUGACAUCCCUGCGGAGGAUCGUCGAGGUAGACCGGUUCAAGCCCAAGUUCAGAGAACGACGCCACCCUUGCCUAGUCCGAGGCCGAUCCCCAGUCCGAGGACUUUGCCAACUUCCGUAAACGAUGACCCUGGCAAUUCCAGUUACGAGAGCGUGUUCAUGGCUUCUUCCUAUUCCCCUCUGGGAGACACGGUUAGACGGGAGUCAAGGGAAACCGACGCUUCGGAGGAUAGGUACGCAGCCCUCAUGGAAUAUCGAAGCACGGGAAGCUCAGAAUCCAGGAGUCAUUCCCGAUCCGCCAGUGGUCGACCUGGGUUAUCCAACGUACGUCGACAGUUGACAUUAAGGGAACAACAGGUGUACCAACUCAUAAAAGAGAUGAGUCAUCCAGCUGGAGUUAGAUUGCAGUUGGGUCGUAGAGAUUGCAAGGACAGUAUCGCCUUCGUGGACACCUUCGGUGCAGUAUGGGUCGCCGGAUGGAAACAACGCGAGCAUCCGUUACUGUACAAUGCUCUGCACGUCGGCGACAUGGUCCUGAGCGUGGCUGGGAUAUCUCCCCCGGGGGCUACGGUCAUCCGCGACAUUCUGAAAGGCUGCACGACACCUCGGGUGGAGGUGAUCGUGCGAAGAUUGCCGUACGGCCGAGCCAUGACCCUGACGAGAAGAGCAGAAGGUGAGGACUUUGGGCUGGAGGUCAACGGGAACGAGGUGACCUCGGUCACGGGGAUCGCUCAGGGGCUCGGGUUUCCUCCUUUGGCACCUUCUUCGGAUCCUGCCGCCCCUUCGGGCUCAACGGUAACCUGGACCCUGACGGAGGUCAACGGGCGACCUCUCAACAUCUUCGAGGGUGGUGCUCGUGAACGGUUGGGAGCCGUUGGCCGAGAUGUCUCCAUCGUGAUACAACCUACGGAUUUCGUGGGGUCCCUGCGCAAGAGAUUGCGUUCCGUCCGCAGCUACAAGAAUUACGUCGUCCAAUGAAGGCGAGUCCGCUUCGGAGUCUCCUUCGAAUCGGGAAGACGGAAGACGAUGGAAGCGAGGGCUUCCGCGAAUUCCCCGAGAUUCGGUGCCUUCAAGCAAAGCAUUCUUCCAGGACCGAGUUAAAGAUCCACUUAGAUUUACACUUUGUAUGUAACGAUUGAGAAGGUACUCCGUUAAAGUCGGGAACAAGCGUCGAAGCACGAGGUCCUUGCCGUUAUCGGGCACUGGACAUCGCGGGAGAUUAACACUACCGAGAUUGUAAAUAUUAAAGCAGUCAUUUGUCGAA